AUGUCAAGCGAGCCCUCAGACGGGAAUAACACCAACUGCCUGAUCCGGGUUCGCGCCCAAGUUAUGGUGCGCGAUGACUCCACCGGAGGAUGGGUUCCUCUGGGCGGAGGCGGGCUCUCGCAAGUGUCUGUUCGCAAGAAGCUCUCGCUGGUUCCGCAGGAGGAAAAUACUUCCGGUCCGAAUCAGGGCAGUUGUAAUUACACAAGCUACAAAACCGAUUACCAAAUCUAUGGUAAACGGAUCAGCGAUCAAAAUGUCGUUCUAUCAUGCGGUAUAAACAAAGACUUCCUCUACAAUAAGGUCAUGCCAACAUUCCACCACUGGCAGAGUGGGGAGAAGAAAUACGGGUUGACGUUCCAGACAUCUUCUGACGCAAGAGCUUUCGACCACGCCGUUCAUGCAGCCGUCGAUGAUCUUUUCGAACAUGAUGUAUUCAUGUCGCUUGAGCUUCCCACGGCUUCGCCGUCCGCCGGGAUGACUGCCGCGGGUGCGGAUCGCGCGGCUGGUCCGGCAAGCGCUUUCUCGAGACAUCGGCUCCCAGUCCACACAGUCAGUGCCCCGAUUCCGUGCGGAGGUGGCCCGAAUCCGAGCAUGCUCGGAUCUACCGUGGGAAAUAUCAAUGGCGGCCAUUUCCACAGGAUAAACUACCUAAACCCGCCGAGAGCUGUACCAGCGCCACCAUCUGUUGCAUCGAUCAGCUCAGUGUCGGGGACGAGUUUCACGGGAUCUCCAUCUCCUCCCCUGCCGCCUCCACCGAUGUUCCCUCCAGCCUCGUCGACACCGGAUAGGGAAAUGAGAGCCGAUAGCAAUUCUCUAAGCAGCCAUCACAGUACUUACAACUACGGACAUUCAACUGCUCAAACCGAUUUUUGUUUCGUUGACAGCAACACAGUACAAUCGAGCCAACCGGGCACCGGCGGUGGAUGCGGGAAACCGGCGUUGCCGCUCCCGUCUAGAUCGCCUUCGACGUUGCCGCUCCCGAUAAAGAAGAAGGGCGGCAAACCCGGUCGGGGGAGCGACGAUUCUACAUUCAGGAGAUGUCGGCACUGUUUAGCGGAUUUCUCCGUGGAGGAUAACCCACGCGGAGUUUGCAACAACGGUCCGGAUACAAUCAGGGCUAUCAUCGAGCACGUAACGUGUCACAUCUGUGCCCAGAGACUCGUAUACACUUGUGUGGGUGACGAAGACGACGACGAUGAAGACGAGGAUUCUGGUCAAUUUCUGCGACGGAAGCUAAAACGCUGGGCCGCGUUCACCGCCUUGAGUUUCGUUGCGCCGUGCCUCUGUUUCUAUUUUCCGUUAAAAAUAUGUCAUCACUACGGCAAGUCCUGCGGCUUGUGCGGGGCGCGCCACGAACGCGAUAGCGGUCGAUGGGGCUCAUAG